UGGGAGCUCGCCCGCCCGCCUGCGGGAAAGGGAAGCCUUCCUGCUGUUCCUCCAGGCGCGGAGCAGGUCCGCCGGGGCACGAGGGGGCCAGAGAGCGAGUCCCCGCCUCGGCUCUCGAGGGAGCAGGUGGGUUGGGUGGGCGGCGUGAGGCGGCGUUCCUCCUCGGCCGCCUCCUCUGACCCCGGUUUUAAGAAGUGGGUCUUGCCCGGCCCAGGGUGCUUUGGGGCGGGAGCUGCCUACCUGCCUAGGCUAGGGCAGGGUGGAAGGAGAAGAGGACCGCGUAAUUCUGCAACGAGAUGCUCCUGGGCUCAAGCCUUUUUGGAAGGCCUCUCUUAUCUGCUGGCAUUUAUUCGUAUUUAAUAAUAAUAAUAAUAAUAAUACACUAAUGCAUUCUUUUCUCUCUCUCAGUGCUGCCUAGGCAUGUAACACAAACAUGGUGCAUUAUGUCUCGUAUUGCAUUGUAUUUUGGCUCUACUGUUUACAUCGCUUUCUUCUGUCUCCCCACAAUAAAUACACGGGCUAGGGAAGGCUAAACUUUCUGCUUCUGACGGAAUGGGCUCUACUUAAUGAAAAGUCAUGCCAUAAUAAGCCUGUUAGACUAUAAGGUGCUGCAGUCGUCUCCCCCCUCCCCUCCCCCUUCUGUGAUCAAAAUAUAGUUACAAUAAACGCCAACAUGUGGAUUUUAUUAGCUUUGCCCAUAUGCUACACUCAAUAUAAUUUUUUUUGCAUUCUCUCUCCCACCCCGUCGCCCAUUAUAUGAGGCUGUAAAGUGUCAAAAGUGCUUGUCUUGUAUAAACUAAAACAACAACUCUGUAAUAAAGGCAAUGAAAUGGCAGUAAUAAUAAAAAACCAGAAGAGAGAUCUAAGUCGAAACCUUUCUAAAUCCCCAAUGUGUGGUAACUAGUUAUGGAAAUUGGGGAGUGCUGCACACGAACAUGAAAUGUGAGAUCCAGUGUAGUGCAGUGGUUAGUGUGUCAGACUGGGACCUAGGAGACCAGGGUUGAAUCCCCCCUCCCGCCACAACCAUGAAGUUCACUGGACCAGUCAUUCACUCUCAGACUAGCCUACUUCACAGGGAUGUUGUAGGGGAGAAGCAUGUAUGCUAACUUGAGCUCAUUGAAGAAAAAAAUUGUAUAUACUGGUAUAUAUAAUAACUCUUGUUUUAUUAAACUCUCUGUAUAAAAUGUCCUGGUCAGAACUCUGGUGUUGAAAAUUGGUUUCAGCAUUGAACCCUGUUAAGCUCAUUUGCAAAGGAAGCAUUAUGUAGAAAGGACAAGGGUUAACUAGAGGGGAGUUCAGUCAACUUUGCAGCAUGGCGAAAUCUUCAAAUUCUGCACAAGUAUAUGGAGUUAUCUGGUGACAACAUUGUUCAAAUGCUAAAUUCAGAUAAGUGAUAGUUUAGUGGAUUUGUGUGAGCAGCUGAAAUACAAGAGUAUGACUCAAAAAUGCUAUUAGUCAUGGCAGCCAUGGCAAUAGUAUCCAUGGCAAGCCCCUUCGUAAGUAAAUUUCUGAGUAUGUUUGCUUAUUCUUACUGUGUUCGUAAUGUGACUUACUAUGUGGUUUGGGGGAUGGCUUAGUGAGUCCGAAUGAAGCCCUAUCUGGAAAGAACAGCCUGGUUUGAACUUAACACUUUAAUCAUGGUUUAUUAAAUGAUGGUUAAUAAACUCUGGUUAAUAACUCUGGUUUCUUUACUGCCAACAAACCAUCAUGUGAAGCCUUGAUUUUUGUUGACUUAUGAGCCUUGGUUUCUUCUAACUUUGGCUUGACAUUACAUGCAAACCCAGCACUCUGUUCAUAUUGCAGUUUGCAUUUGGAUUGCAGAGUACUGUAAUUACAUUUAUGCUUCCUUGGAGGAGUAUUUCCCAAUGGCUAACAUAUGUGAUUCACCUUCCAGUAAACACACGUUUCCAUUGUACAGCUGUACCUGGAGUACUUACAGCAACAAAGUAUUCCGUGUGACUUUCAUGACUUUGGCCGUAUCGCUAAUUAUUCCCUUAUUUGGAGCAAUAAUUCUUCUGGAGUGUCCAAUAGACCCUCAGCCUAUAAGCUUCAAAGAACCUCCUCUCCUCACUGGCGCAUUAGAGCCAAAUUUCAAGCUCCGACAAGCAGAAAGACUAUUUGAAAACCAGCUUGUUGGACCAGAAUCUAUUGCAAACAUCGGCGACGUGUUGUUCACUGGUACAGCGGAUGGAAAAAUUCUAAAGAUUGAAAAUGGCGAAAUACACACAUUGGCCCGACUUGGACAUGGCCCCUGUGGAACCAGAGAAGAUGAACGCACAUGUGGGAGACCUCUUGGAAUCAGAGUUGGACCAGAGAACACCCUUUUUGUGGCAGAUGCUUACUAUGGACUCUUUGAAAUCAAUCCUGUUUCAGGUGAAGUGAAACCACUUGUGUCCUCCAAGAUUCCCAUUGAAGGAAAAAACAUGUCCUUUGUGAAUGAUCUUACACUGACGCGAGACGGAAGGAAAAUCUACUUUACUGACUCCAGUAGUAAAUGGAACAGAAAAGAUUACUCCUUAUUAAUCAUGGAGGCUUGUGAUGAUGGACGCUUGCUUGAAUAUGACACUGUCACAAAGGAAGUGAAAGUCUUAAUGGGAGGGCUCAGAUUUCCAAAUGGAGUCCAGCUCUCACCUGCUGAAGACUUUGUGUUGGUGGCCGAAACAACUAUGGCAAGGAUACGAAGAUAUUACAUAUCUGGUCUAAUGAAAGGUGGAGAAGACAUGUUUAUAGAAAAUAUGCCUGGCUUUCCAGAUAACAUACGCCCAAGCAGCUCUGGAGGUUAUUGGGUGGCUAUGUCAGCUAUUCGGUCCAAUCCUGGAUUUUCUAUGUUGGAUUUCUUAUCUGAAAAACCAUGGAUUAAAAGAAUAAUAUUUAAGCUGCUCAGUCAAGACAUGGUGAUAAAAUUUGUGCCCAAGUACAGCCUACUUCUAGAGCUAAGUGAUACCGGAUCCUACAAAAGAAGCUUCCACGAUCCGAAUGGAAUGGUGGCAACAUACAUAAGUGAAGCACAUGAACAUAAUGGACAUCUCUAUUUGGGCUCCUUCCGGUCUCCCUUUAUUUGCAGACUGAACCUUGAGGACGUCUAAUUCUCUCAGCCAAAAGCACUGCCGCUGUUGUCUUGAGUUCCUCUAGAAGGGCAAACGAGAGUUAGUCGCAAAUGUUGGCCCAGGAAGAAGAAUGAAAUUGCAGUCAGUCAUGAGCACUGUAGGCCCUAAGUAAUUUGCAGGGUAUAAAGUUUGAGUGUUUCUUACGUUAAGCAUGCCAUGCCAUAAAACCGAUGAACCCAACCCACUAUUGUCUUGUGCAACUCCCAUUUGAAUUGGUGGGCCUUGUGUAGAAGAAGUUCUUGGUGAGUUGUAUCCAAUCUUUGGUAUCUUUACUUACACCUAAAUACAAAAUUACCUCAUGAAAAUAAAAGUUGCUACAUCUAAUAAUGUUCUUUAGAAGCUGCUUCCACUAGUGAAAGAUGUACAUAAUUAUAUCUGCACUUCAAAUAACAUACUGGAAUUGCAUCCUUGGACUUUCCUUGCUAGUCCAAAAUGAUGUCUUGCAUGCAUUUGCUUCCAACUUGGAUUUGUCUUUAUAAGCAUGUUUUUCUAAGCAUGCAUAUUAUUAAAAAAACUAUAAUUUAUAAAUGUUAAUAAGCAAAUAAAUUACAGGUAUAAUUCUAUUUUCUGUCCGCUGUUUUCUGCAUGGGUAAUUUUAAAGACAUGAGAUCACUCCUGUGUGGCUCUUUAAACUUGAAAAUGUAUCCUCAGAAUGAUGAAAAGAUACAACUGACUUGGAAGGAGCUGGUUCCAGAGUCUUAGUUUGUCUAUGUGCAGAUUAUUUGAUCACUAACACAAUCUUUUCAGUCAGAGGAAUGCUUUCAUGUCAUUAGAUUGCAAUGUAAGAAAAAGCCUUUAAACACUGUACCUGACUGGUGUACAAGCUAUCCGUUGAGGCCUUUAUUUCUCUUACGCAUUUGACUGAAAACUGCACUCGUAUAGUAAUAAACAGAAGGUUGACUCAAAUGUAUAAAUUGUAUGAUUGAAAUAAUUUUUUGAAGCACAUAAGGAACUGAUAUUUUGUUACUUAAAGUAUAUUUUAUUUUGCUUUUGACUCAAAGUUAAGUGCUUUUAUUAUUUGGGUAGUUCAGGGGUGUUUUUUUAAGAUGUAAUGAUUUUGUCAGAAGAUUUUAAUAUGCAUAAGGUUUUUAAGACUCGAGUAAAACCAACCAACGCUUUGCUGGCUUUACUGAGUUACAUCUGGGCAGCAUUUCAAAUAAUGCAAACAAAUGUUACAAAUCUUUAUUAUAAUUUGUCAAUGGAAACAACAGAUUAAAUGAUUAAAUCGUCCAAGAAUUGUA